CACCUUUUUAUUAUCAUCCCCUGUGUCGCCUGAAAGUUCUCGACAAAGCUCUUGUCGACCCCGAUUCUCGAAGCCCCUUCCCGACGAGCGACUACCAAUGAUCAUGCAUUGAUCUGGAUUGAUCCAAUUCAGUUCAUCCGCCAGAGUCCGGUGCGGUCGCGACGAGCAUCCAGGGGGGCGCUUGAUAACCUGUCAUCAAGUCUUUGACUGGACUUGGCGGCGAGAGAGAGAGAGAGAGCUGGGGCCCUUUGAAAAGAGCCGCAGAACCCAUCCCAGACCUGAUGUUGCCCUUCUCAUCUUCGGGAUCCAAAGCGGUCCCUCGGCAUCAUGUGAGCGGAUACUCGAAUGGAUAUCCACGCGGGAAUACAUUUGAGAUUUCGCCUCACAGGUUUCAACGCCGAGGAACGACAACAGCUGUACGACGGAGACGGCGGCUCUUCGUAAAGCUUGGUAUUAUUGCCGCACUUUGCUUCGUCAUUUGGUACUUCAUAUCUAGCGGGGUCUCCUUCUUUUCCCUGGUUUCGCUGGGUUUGCUAUCCGGAGGGGAGGACUUCCAACUGGAAACAGUGCGGUACUAUGACCUGUCUAAUGUCCAGGGCACCGCACGAGGGUGGGAGAGGGAGGAACGAAUUCUGCUCUGUGUCCCACUUCGAGACGCCGAAGGCCAUCUCCCGAUGUUCUUCUCGCAUCUUCGGAACUUCACGUAUCCACACCAUCUCAUCGAUCUCGCGUUCCUCGUUUCCGACUCCAAGGACAAUACGUUACAAGUACUGGUGGAUAGCCUGGAGGCGAUUCAGGCGGACGAAGACCCGAUACAACACUACGGCGAGAUAUCAAUCAUCGAGAAGGACUUUGGACAGAAGGUGAACCAGGAUGUGGAGAGUCGCCAUGGCUUUGCCGCGCAGGCGAGUCGACGAAAGCUUAUGGCCCAGGCCCGGAAUUGGCUUCUGAGCGCAGCCUUGCGUCCUUACCAUUCCUGGGUUUACUGGAGGGACGUCGAUGUCGAAACGGCGCCCUUCACCAUUCUGGAGGAUCUCAUGCGACACAACAAAGACGUGAUCGUUCCAAACGUGUGGCGGCCGCUACCAGACUGGCUCGGUGGAGAGCAACCUUACGAUCUCAACUCGUGGCAGGAGUCGGAGACUGCCUUGGCCCUGGCUGACACAUUGGACGAAGACGCUGUCAUUGUCGAGGGCUACGCAGAGUACGCAACAUGGCGACCUCAUCUGGCCUACUUGCGCGAUCCCUAUGGCGACCCCGAUAUGGAAAUGGAGAUUGACGGCGUCGGGGGAGUGAGUAUCCUCGCCAAGGCCAAAGUCUUCCGAUAUGGCGUCCACUUCCCAGCCUUCAGCUUCGAAAAGCAUGCCGAGACGGAAGGUUUCGGAAAGAUGGCACGGAGGAUGCAAUUCUCGGUCGUCGGGUUGCCACACUAUACAAUCUGGCAUCUUUACGAGCCCAGCGUUGAUGACGUUAAGCACAUGGAGCAAAUGGAGCGGGAGAAACUAGCCCGCGAGCAGGAGGAGAAAGAGAAGGCUGAGAAAGCCAAGAAGAUCAAGGAGCAAUUUGGUGACGCCAACAGCCAGUGGGAGAAAGACAAGACAGAGAUGCAGAACAUUGCAAUUCAAGGCAAACAGCCGAGCGACGGAAAGCCGGCGCCAGGUGGCCCAGCAGGUGCUGAGGCUGGAGUUGGGGCUGGUUCUGGGGCCGGUUCUGGGGCCGGUUCUGGAGCUGGAGCUGCGGCCGGGGUCGGGGCCGGGGCCGGUGCUGGAGAUGGAGCUGCGGCGCCAGUCGGACCUGGAGCUGAAGCUGCGGCCGGCGUUGGAGCCGUAGUUGCCAAAGCAGCUGAUAAAGGCCACGGGGGGGCCAAGCCUCCUCCCAAAGUGGACAGACGAGUAUAACCUUGUUCUCUGUCUUUCUCCGGAUGGACAUGCACUUAUUCCCGUCCUGUGGGGGCUAUGUUUUUCUUGGAUCUACGCUCCAUGCAAAGGUUUCUGACGACUCUUUCACUAACACCUGCACAUGGAAGGAGGUGCCUCAGUGAUAUUAAUGAGGCUCAGAUACCCAGAUGGCAGGAGGAAAGGAAGAUAACAUCAUGUACAUUACACAGAACAGACUCCAAGGGGAGCUGAUUCUGCAUGGCUAGGGCGUUUCGGGUUAUUCAGGACGAGCAGCCAGUGUAUUGAAUACACUGAAUUAUGAUAUUCUGUUCAAAUAUGCAAAUAAAAGGCACUGAAAAGGGGAC